AUGCGCGAGUACAAAGUAGUGGUCCUUGGCAGUGGUGGAGUUGGGAAGUCCGCUCUUACUGUCCAGUUCGUGACCGGGACGUUUAUUGAGAAGUACGACCCAACCAUUGAGGACUUUUACCGCAAGGAGAUAGAAGUUGAUUCGUCCCCUUCUGUACUGGAGAUCCUUGACACGGCUGGAACGGAGCAGUUCGCCUCAAUGAGGGAUCUAUACAUCAAGAAUGGCCAGGGAUUCAUCUUGGUGUACAGUCUGGUAAACCAGCAGAGCUUCCAAGAUAUCAAGCCGAUGAGAGAUCAAAUAAUCAGAGUUAAAAGGUACGAAAGGGUCCCAGUAAUCCUGGUGGGUAACAAGGUGGACCUGGACAACGAGAGAGAGGUAUCAUCGAGCGAGGGUCAAGCCCUCGCUGAGGAAUGGGGCUGUCCCUUCAUGGAAACGUCUGCCAAGAGUAAAACCAUGGUCGACGAACUGUUCUCCGAGAUUGUGAGGCAGAUGGACUACGCCUCACAGCCGGACAAGGAGGAUCCCUGCUGCUCCGCUUGCAAUAUACAAUAGUCCACAGGAAUCAGGAAUAAGCAGUCAAGGUCAGAGGUCAUUAGGGAGUCGUCUUGGAUGGCGUUUGGAAUGCGUAGCUCAUGAAAAUGAUGAUACAGAGCACUUCACACAUGAAUCAUUUUGG